GGUGGAAGCGAAGCUCCCAGUGACUCAGGACGGAAGAAAUGCACGUAUCCAGCGCUCUUCUGCACUUAUAAAAACCGAGCGGCACCAGCUAAGGAGUCGUGUAGCACAAGUCGGACAGUACCUGAAUGAGCAGUUUCUCCCUUAGUUCACAUAAUAUAUAAUAAUAUACUAGUCUGUGGGAAACAACGCGUGUCUCUUAUUUACUGUGUAUGAUCAUGGACAGCAGGACCCCUGUUUACUGUGGAUUAAUUUUGUCCCUUUUGCUUUGUGACAUCAUCUCAGGGGAGGAUUACUUUCCCCCAGCUCAAGGUGUCAGCUGGUCCUCCUUAAACUUCAAGACCAUAUUAAUGUGGAACCCUGAGCCGCGGAACCACUCGUACACAGUGGAGUUCUUUGGAGUUGGGAAAGACCGAGAGAGGAGCCCACACUGCAUCCGUAGCCUGCGCACCGAGUGCGAUCUCACCCACGUGUUGAUGGACCUGAAAGAGACGUACUACGCCGAAGUCCUCUCGGAGCCUUUGCUGGGCAUGACCUCCGACCUCAUCGAAUUCCCUUACGCCAGAUCGGAGCAGUUCACCCCAUACAGUGACACUUUAAUCGGAAGACCCGAGUUCACCAUAGAAGUGAAUGAAGACAAAACGAAGAUCACGCUUCAGAUACAAGACCCUCUUUCUCCGUUUUACAACAACAGUAAACUGUUAAACAUGCGGGACAUCUUCCAGGAUGACCUUCAAUACAGAGUGACUUACAGAAAAGCAAAGAGCACUGGAAAGAAAGUAGAGAUGACGGAUACAAACGAGAUUGUGCUGCAAGUGGACCGGGGUGAAAGUUACUGCUUCUACGUGCAGGCCUUCAUCCCGUCUCGGAGGGGAGAGAAGCAGCUGGGUGCUCUGAGCAAACUCCAGUGCUCUCCUGCAGGAGAGAAGUCCUUACAUGAAGAGUAUGGGUUCGUGGUGCUUUUGUGUGCUGCCCUCAUGAUCAUCGUUGCCUUCGUCAUCACCACCAUUCUGCUCUGCCUGUGUUGUAAACGGAAGUGUCAGGCCAAGAACGAGGAGAAAGAAAAACCGUACGAUCACGUUUAGGAACGGAGGGUUGAUACCGUGGAAAACGAGCGGUUCGGAAUGGCCGCUGUAACGUCAAAAAGGCAUACAUGCGGCCACAUUCUAAGGACCAGAACUGCAUUAUGCGCUGUGUGUUUUGGUGGGUGUAAAAAGAAAGAAAGCAAGUACGUGAAAUGUUUUCCGUUUUUGUCAGUCGACCUUUUUAGCACUGCUACGGUAAUAUUGGGGUACACUGAUACAAAAGAAGCUGAUGAAAAACAAGUGCCUUUUCUAGAACCAGCUGGGUGCGUAUCUCUGCUGCAGACCAUGCAGCCGACCGCUUUUUGACAAUAUUCACAUCAUGUUUUGAUAACCUACCACUCUUUGUUGUUACAUCGGCCUGGAAUGACUGUUAAAAACCAGGAGCUGAGCACUAUUAUUUCCUCUCAUGAAGCACUGGAAUUGUUCUUUAACUGGUUUUUGUGAAACAUGCUGCCUAUCUGUUUGUACAAUUUUUUUUUAUUAUUAUUUUAAAAGAAAUUUAAAACACUGAAUCCUUUUAUGCUAUCCUUUUACCUAUAUAUUUUUGUAUUUUUGAAACUACGUUUCUUAUCA